UCUUGGCCGUCCGAACGUUUCCUUCCUUCCGCCAUUUGUAAUGAGCGUUGUGAGUUCAAUGGACCUCAACACACCAGCAAUGUCCAUAAAGGACCUGAGGAAAUUGGCCGUAGUCAACGUUGAUGACACCGAAAAAUACCGCAUCCGCCACUGGAUUUCCACAGUUUCCAAGGUCUUUGCUAAGGGUGAUCAGGCGUAUGCUGGCAAGGAUUUUAGCAACGCUUAUGUAUAUUAUUUCAAGGGUUUAUGUUCACAGAAAUUCUUCGAAAGCACUCAAUGUAUAAAUCUAUUAGAGAAGAUCCGACCUAUCUUCAUCUGCGGAAGCAAGUAGAAAGCGCUAUACCAAAGCUUGAGGAAAUCGAAUCAGUGCUGAAGGAUGGAGUUCAAGAGGACAAUAGUGAGAAGGCACCACAGCGGUCCGUUUCUUCCUCUUCGAGCCAUAGCAACUCGGCAUCCUACCUGGAUGACUUGCCCGCGGUCCCGACGCAUGCUCCGAUCAUCCGCAAAGCACCCUUGCACCCCCCACAGCAUCCACCACCUCCAGUGCCAGCUACUAAACCAGCUUGGACCUCGCCUCACGUACAGCCGCCACGCGUCGACCGACCAUUGACCGUAGGAGGCACUGUUGUUCCGCAGUUGCAGUCCAAUCACUCGGCAACUUCUUCAAUACCUUUACCGUCGCUGACCAAGAACACAUUCCCACUAUCGCCCAUCAUCAACCCUGAUGAAUUAGCAAAGCUGUUAGGAAAACGUGACGAUCCUCCUAGCAUUUUAUUGCUGGAUAUACGACCUCGCGAUGUGUACAAACGUGGAUGCAUUUGUCAUAAGUGGGUGGUUCAGUUAGAGCCUAUGGUUCUCAAAAGAGAUGUCACGUCUCGUAAAAUCGAAGAAUCCUUGGUAUUGGCCUGGGAGUCGGAGCAGAUCUAUUUUGUCAACCGCCAUAAAUUCGACCUGGUUGUUUACUAUGAUCAAUCAUCGACCAAUAUUUCUCUCUCACUUAAUGAGCCUUUGCGGAAUCUAAAGGCGGCUAUCUACGAACACGAAUUUAGCAAAAUGCUACAAAGGGUGCCUGUCAUGCUUGUUGGUGGCUUUGAUGCAUGGGUAAAGCAGAUAGGACAAAAAGGUGUCCAUGUGUUUCCUCCUACGACGAAACAACCUCAGACAUCACAACCUCCUCCACCUCAGGAUCAAGAAAAUAUACCUCCACGACACCAUGAGAAGCAACUGUGGCUCAAGAAUGUCGUUGGCAAAACAGAAGACGUUUAUGGCAACGGUGACAGUAUCAAUCGCACUGUCAUGGACUAUUUUAAUAAGCAGGGUGACGGUAGCAACGCACAGUCCAUGGUAAGGUCUAAUGCGGUGAAGCGUCCCAAGCCACCCAUGCAAGGCGUUUUUGGGCAAUCUAUACCCAAGGAACCUAGUGCAACCAUGCAUAUGCCAGUUCCAGAAGCAUAUCAUGCAAAGAACACCUCGUCAACACCUUCCGAGGAGGAGUUCCAGCAACGCUACCCAGAAGUGUCGUCGAAUAGCUCCAGUAUGCCGCAACCCCCUGGUUUAACGCGAAGGAAUACGUUCAUAGAUAACCCUUUCCAUGGCUUCACGUCUACUGAUAGCAAUCUUUACGAUGCUCCGCCUAGUCUACCAGCCAAACCAAAUCGCCCUCUUCCUCCCCCUCCCAUCAAACGUAUGCCUGAGCCUGACCAUCAGAUUACACCUGCUGUCCCACGAAAGCCACUUAUCACUGGUGAUAAGGAGUACACUGGAUCUACGGUUGAACAACAGCAUGGUCAAGCCCCCAUGUCACAAAGCUCGUUCUCUCAGCUUGGAGCGGUGAUGAUUGGCACAACGGGGCUCAAGAACUUGGGAAACACUUGCUACAUGAAUUCGAUUAUUCAGUGUUUGAGCGGAACCAUCCCCCUCGCGCGAUAUUUUCUAUCCGGCAAAUACAAGAAUUACAUUAACAAGACGAAUCAUAUGGGCACGGGUGGCAUGGUAGCUGAUGCAUUUGCCAAUCUCAUUCGCAUUAUGUGGAGUGAAAGCUACAACUUCUAUUCACCGGUCAUGUUCAGGAAUGCAAUUAUCCGAUUUGCACCUCAGUUCGAAGGGUCGGAGCAGCACGAUUCACAAGAGUUCUUGAACUUUUUAUUAGAUGGACUUCAUGAAGACCUGAAUGUUGUGCAAAGACGGCCGCCACCUACACCUGAAGAUCCGGAACAAGAUGCCUGGUUUGAAAAACUGCCAGACUGGGAAGCCAGUGGCAUUGCUUGGGAGAAGUACCUCAAACGAAAUUCCAGUGUUAUCGUCAGUUUAUUCCAAGGACAGUUCCGCAAUCGUUUGCAGUGCUUGACGUGUCACACGACGUCUACGACUUACAAUUCAUUCAUGACCUUGUCUUUGCCCAUUCCCGCCAGUCGCCGAGGACCGAGCCAAGUGACGCUACAGCAGUGCCUCGAUUACUUUGUUCGAGAAGAGAUCAUGGAAAAGGAUGACGCAUGGCAUUGUCCAAAGUGCAAAGCCUUGCGUAAAGCCUCCAAGCAACUCACUCUAUCAAGGUUACCCGAUGUUUUGAUGAUUCAUUUGAAGCGGUUCUCGUUUGACGGGCCGUUUAACGACAAGCUCGAGACCAUGGUUGAUUUCCCUAUCCACUCAUUAGAUUUAUCUGGUUAUAUGCCAUCGUGGGCCACCAAGACCAUUGCUCAACCCGACGGCAGUCAAAAGCAACCAAGUUUCAAGUAUGACCUUUACUCUGUUUCGAACCAUUAUGGAUCCCUUACUGGCGGUCACUACACUGCAUGCGUCAGAAAUGGUUACCGCGGCCAAUGGCACUUAUUUGAUGAUUCCCGAUUCUCUGUUUGUGAUGAUUCUUCUGUAAAGUCGCGUGCCGCCUAUGGACUAUUUUAUGUGAGAUCAACCAUCCAGUAGAGCCUAGGAAAAACAAUUCCAUAAACGACUUAAUUCGGCAUAGCAUUUCGGGUGGCCAUUUUCCUCGGUUUAUUCUUAG